AUGAUAGUGAAGGCAGAGAAAACCAUGCCUGAGGGAGUUGGGGAAGAAGGAGCUAUUGGUGUUGGGUUGAAGCAGCACUUUGUGCUUGUACAUGGCGUAGGUGGGGGAAGUUGGUGCUGGUACAAAAUCCGGUGCCUUAUGGAGAAUUCUGGCUACAAGGUCUCAUGCAUAGACCUGAAAAGUGCUGGAAUUGAUCAAUCUGAUGCAGAUUCUGUUCUGUCGUUUGAUGAUUAUAAUAAACCUCUAAUCGAUUUCAUGUCUGCUUUGCCUGAGGAUGAACAGGUUAUAUUGGUGGGACACAGCGCUGGAGGGUUGAGCAUUACUCAGGCCUGUCACAAGUUUUCAAAUAAGAUCCGUUUAGCUGUUUAUGUGGCAGCUACUAUGCUCAAAUUGGGAUUCUUGACCGAUCAAGAUCAUAAAGAUGGUGUGCCCGACUUAUCUGAAUAUGGGGAUGUGUACGAGCUAGGAUUCGGAUUGGGACAUGAUAAUCCUCCAACCAGUGCUGUGGUGAAGAAAGAAUUUCAACGCAAAAUCAUCUACCAUUUGAGCCCCCAUGAGGAUUCGACCUUGGCUGCGAUGCUGUUGAGGCCAGGGCCAUUGUUAGCAUUGAUGAAUGCGCGAUUCAGAGAGGAUGGUGGUGAAGUAAUGGAGAAGGUGCCCCGCGUGUACAUCAGGACAAGGCAUGACAAGGUGGUGAAACCAGAGCAACAGGAAGCCAUGAUAAAGAAGUGGCCACCAUCUACUGUGUAUGAACUCGACAGUGACCAUAGUCCCUUCUUCUCUUCUCCAUUCCUUCUCUUUGGCUUGCUUCUAAAAGCUGCAGCUUUGGAUGUUGGAUUGAGUGCGACUGGUUAG